AUGCCCUCCAACUCGACCUCGACCUUUAUCGAAAUGGACACCAAGCCUCCUUACAACGGCAACAACGAGCCGGCCCAAGAGCGCGAGAACCGCCCCACGCCGAGCCCGGCCCAGCGCGGCGCCACGGCACACUCGCCGCCUCCGUGUCCGUCUCCGUCUCUCUCCAUGGACGAGUGGAGCACGACGACCGAGCUGACCUCGAGCUCUUUAGCGAGCCCCAACCCUGUCGCUGACAUCUGGCUCUACGUGCUCGCCUUCUUUAUUCCCCCGCUUGCGGUCGCCCUCCGCGUCGGGUGCGGCUUUGAAGUCUUCCUCGACAUCAUUCUCUGGAUCCUCUGCUGGAUCCCUGGCGUCAUUUACGCGUUCUACAUCAUCGCGUCGCGCCCCGGCCACCUCUAA